AUGGAUAAAAAUAAACCAGAAAUGUCAGUGGCAACAAGAAAAGCUGUGGCUGUGGGUGAAGCGAAAAGGGGGGCUUCUGUUCAAGAGGAAACCUCUUCAGAAAAAAUGGGUAAGGCUGAUUUUGCUGAAAUUCUUUCACUUCAAUUUGCAGAAUUCCGGAAGGAGAUGGCACAGACCCUGCAUGGGUUGUCCCAGCAAGUAAAAACUGAUAUUGAGAAUAGUAUGAAUAUACUCUCCCAGAAAAUUGAAAUUGAAAAAUUAGAUGGAAGAAUAAAAAAUUUGGAAUCAAAAACAGGAAAAUUUGAAAAAACAGUUGAGGAAGUGGAACAAUUAAAAGAAGAUCAGGGAGCUGCUAUGGGGGCUAUUGGAGGUAUCUCUAAUAGACAGAAUGACCUAGAGUACCAAAUUUUGAUGUUACAACUUAAACAAAAUGCAAAUAUGGUGAGACGACGAAAGACUUUCGAGAGACUUCCGCUUUUACCACAGCUGCAACAGUGUGAGCUCUGA